ACAAAUUUAAUGUUUAUAUUCGGAAAUAAAGUGAUUGAAUCAGAUAAUUUUGAUUGAAGAAUAAGUAAUUAGUGAAAAAAAAGCCUGCCAUUUCACCGCAAGCUUGCGUUCCCGUUUUAGAUGACUCUCGGACGUAAAUAUCAAAAUUCUUCCGGGAAUGCUGGGGAGUCUCGUAAGGUCUAUGCUAAUCAGUCGAAGGUUGGGACUCUCUCAGGGUGCUCGUCUUCAAUAUCACUAUCAGAUAUGAUUGAACCACCGGAUUACGAAGAGGUCUGUGACCGCUUGAUGGGUGACCAGGACCCACUAGCAUACCCAACCAAUGAUAUCGAGCUGGUGACUGUACCUCGCAGAAUACGGACCCUGACGCAUAUCCUGCCUGAUGAAGACCUUACAAAAGCGUCCAUGUUCGUGCGCGACUGUGUCAGCUGCUACACAUCAGACUACACAGUGGUCGAGUACAAGUAUCGUUCGUACUCGGGCUCUGCGUACGGCAGGGAGAGGCUGGCGGAGAGAAUCGAGAGGUUGUUACAGGCUCCACCGCAAGUGUAUGAAGUGGAUGCUGAACAGUCCACGUCCACGGAGGAAUUGGCGUCGCAGCAGCUGUCCCUCCAAUUCGAGUCACAACCGUCCAGUGGUCGCCAAUCAGUAGCCUCAAUCUCAUCAUCAUCAUCAUGCAACGAGACGCUCACACCACGCGGCUCGUGGGCCAGCCUCGACCUGCGCAGCUCAUCAUCAGACCCACUACUGCCAGACUUGUUCGAGAAGAAGCCACAGGAACAGAUCGAUGCGGUGAAUGAGGGCAGACGAUUAGAGAACAGACAGUCAGACCUGCUAGGUCUCUACGCUCCAUACUUGGAUGAAGAAGAAGCGGUGGAACGGAGGCUGGCUGCGGAGAUGCCGUGCGAGCUGAUGGGGCACAGGAUCUUGGUGGUGUGCCAUCAGCUUAAAUUGGAACUAGACGUGGAACCGCUCUUCGCGUCCAUGGCGCUGUAUGACGCGAAGGAAAAAAAGAAACUGUCAGAGAACUUCUAUUUCAACCUAAACUCGGAGUGUACAAGACAAAUGCUGUCCGCACACAUUCCACACGCUGACCUUUCGACGCUGAGUCGCAGCGCUGUGUUCGAUAUACUGAACCCGUCCCCUGAUAUAUUCCUAGUGGUCAGGGUUGAGAAAGUGCUCCAGGGUGAUGUUAAUGAGUGCAUUGAGCCGUAUAUUAAGGACGAUAAGAACCGCGAGAAAGUCCGCGCCAGCGCACAAGCGGCUUGCAAUCGACUUGGCAAGUUCCGAAUGCCGCUCGCCUGGAGUGCUGUUUCUUUACUCAAUAUAUUAUCUGGCUCUAAUAGCCUGGAAAGAGAGUCCGAUAAGGAUAGCAAUUCGAAUACUAAUAGCUUGGACCGUAAAGCGUCAUCCAGUAGUCUAGAACAGCUACGUCGUCGUGCUGGCGAAGUAGGAGGCUCGCUUACACGUAAAGGCUCAGUGGAAAGACGGGCCAAUCCACAGGACCAUGAUCUGCCGAAUACAUUGGACACGUUCAAGCCCAUUGUCAUCACUGUUACUAGCUUUUUUAAACAGGAAACGGAUAAACUCCGCGAUGAGGAUUUAUACAAGUUUCUCGCUGAGAUAAAGCGGCCGAGUUCAGCGCCGAAGAAACUCAAGUGCAUUCCUGGAACUUUGAAGAUUGAAGUGUCCCCGUGUCCAGAGGAGAUUAAGAAUGGUCUGACUCCAGAGCUAGCUAAAUUGGCACCUUAUGGAGACGACAACAUACGUCCCUGCAAGGAGAUCCUACCAUUCCCCAUUGUGGUGCCCGCUCAGCCCCACCACCACUACAGGAGUCUACUUUACGUGUGCGUGCGUGAUAUUAAUCUAGCUGCGUAUACUUCACGGACGGGAUCCGCGAGGAAUAUUACGGUGAGAGUUCAACUAAUGUCUGGUGAGGAUCAGUCAGCGGCGUUGCCAAACAUCUUCGGAAGAAGUUCCUGUCCAGAAUUCAGCACUGAGGCUUAUACCACUGUGCUGUAUCAUAACAAGAACCCAUCCCUCUAUGACGAGAUCAAAAUCAAGCUCCCAGCGGAUCUUGGUGACCAGCAUCACCUGCUAUUCACGUUCCUACACGUCGCGUGUCAACGGAAACCGGUCGCACCUGACCAGGAGAAGAAUGUGGAAACACCUGUUGGAUAUACGUGGUUGCCACUAUGCCGCAACGGCAAGCUGUCGUGCGGCGAGCACGCACUACCGCUAAUGGCAGAAGCACCUCCCGACAACUACUCGUACAUCUUCCCCGACGUGCUGCUGCCCGGCACGAGAUGGAUCGACAACCACCGGCCGCUGUUCAGCGUGGCUCUAGAGGCGCACACCACUGUGCACCCGCAGGAUAGCUACAUCGAGAGGUUCGCAAUGGCGUGCGAAGCGGUGCAAGAGGGGAAUAUUCCUCCGCGUAUCGGCUUGGCUAACAUGGAGGCGGAACUUAGAGCAAGUAUAACCGAGCUGCCAACCGCGAACGUAGAAGCCCUAGCACGCUACCUGCCCGUAGUAGCGGACAAGCUGCUGCAGCUGCUCGUAGCCCCGCCCUCACUCGCCGGGCAGACGCUGAACAUCGCGCAGGACGUGUUCACUUGCCUCGCGCACCUGUUCACUGAUAUCACUAACAUGAACGAGUGUUCAACGUGCGACGCGCACGGUCGCAGCGGUCUCCUGAGCGCAUACAUCCAGUACCAGUGCCGGAUACCUCGCCCCGCGCUCUCCGACACCGACAUCGGCCUGCCGCUACCGCCCUCUGUAAUGACAGACGGUUCCUGCAAAAUCUUGCACGAAGAAAUCGCUCUGCAAUGGGUAGUCGCUAGUGGAGUUACACGGGAUUUGGCUAUGAGUAACUCUUGGACACUCUUCGAGCUGAUGGUGAAGUCUAUGGUGGAGUAUCUCUAUUGGAGCGGAGCACACGAAGCACCGCGUAAAGCUCGCUUCCCGGAACACUUCACUGAUGACGUCACCACACUUGUCACUAACGUCACCGCUGAGAUUAUUGCCAAAUACGGCAAGAACAGCCGUCUAACCCAGAGCCUCAACAACAGCCUGGCUUUCUUCCUGUUCGACUUGCUAAGUAUAAUGGACCGUGGUUAUGUGUUUAACCUCAUCCGCGGUUACCACAAGCAGAUGUCUGCGAAGAUUUCUUCUGUGCCGGAUGCUGUGCCACUAGUGCACUAUAAGCUGUCAUUCCUCCGCAUCGUAUGUUCCCACGAGCACUACGUGUCCCUCUGCCUCCCGGCCGGCGCUCGUGCAAGCUCACCAGCGCCCUCCAUGCGAUCCUCUGCCUCAUCAGAUGGAAGGGCCGGGGGCUUGUCUCCGGACUUCCGGUCCAGGCAUUAUCUGGUUGGCUUGUUAUUGGCUGAUCUUACCGCGGCUCUGGAGUUGCAGAGUCCAGUACUGCAAUGUGCAGCAGUGAACGCAGUACUAUCCCUGCUAUCGGCCCACGACGCGGACGCACGACUCGCGCCAACAGCGCUACGGGCCCGCGUGGCCUCGUUAUACUUGCCGCUGUUGGGGAUAGUGCUGGAUGCUCAGCCGCAAUUGUAUCGAGGUUUUGAUGGGAGCAAGGAAAUACUGCAACUGGACGGUGAAUUGGGUCAGCUCGGAAGUUUAUACCCUGCGUCUUCACCAGAAGGAGAUUUCAAACAGAACGGUCGUCCGCCGUUCAACAGCGAGACCAGCCGCAACCUGCUGGUAUGCCUGGUGUGGGUGCUGAAGUGGGCCGAGCGGGGCGCCCUGAGCGCGGCCGUCGCGGAGCUGCCGCCCGCCCGCCUGCACGCGCUCUUCGCGCUCAUCGACCUGUGCUUCAAGUGCCAGGAGUACAAGGGUCGUAAGGAAAUAAUGAAGUGCGCGCAGCAAAACGUACGCAAGACAACCGAUAUCAAGGCUAAAUUGGAAGAUGUCAUAUUGGGACAGGGAUCGGCAAGAUCCGACUUCAUUAUGCGCCGUAAAGGCGGUUCAAACGCUCGUCCCGGCGGGCGGGACCGCUGGCGCAAGGAGUGGGUGCGGGGUGGGUCAAGAUCCCGCCCUGCGUCCCCCGCUCGGGCACACCCCGCACUUGCUGCGUUACUGUCAGCUGAGGUGUCGAUGACCUUGCUGCACGCGGUGGAAACUAUUGUACAGUCGUGCAGCGGCUCGGAGACGGCGCCGCUAGCGUGCAGCGGCGCGCUGGGCGUGGUGCUGCGCGCGCUGCAGCGCAACCAGAGCGCCGCCGUGCUGCACCACAUGUUCGCUACCGUGCGCGCGCUCAUACACAAGUUGGGCUGGUCAUGCUGUUCGGAAGAGUGGGGGCCGGGUGUAUGCCGCGUGCUGCUCCGGCACUGCGCUGCGCUGUCCUCCAGCACGAGAUCACAUGCCUCCGCUACGUUAUAUGCGUUAAUGCGGCAACACUAUCAUUUGGGAAAUAAUUUCAGCCGAAUCAAGAUGCAAGUGACCAUGUCACUAUCCUCACUAGUGGGAACUUCAACCACAUUUAGUGAAGAAUCUCUGCGACGUGCUCUCAAAACAGUGCUAAUGUACGCGGAGCAUGACCAGGAUUUACAGGACACUGGCUUCCCGGAACAGGUGAAAGACUUAGUAUUCAACCUGCACAUGAUACUAAGCGACACUGUGAAGAUGAAGGAAUUCCAAGAGGAUCCAGAAAUGUUGCUAGACUUGAUGUACCGCAUCGCUCGUGGUUACCAGCAUAGCCCUGAUCUUCGGCUCACUUGGCUUAAUAAUAUGGCCCAGAAACAUAUGGAGCGCUCCAACCACCUGGAAGCAGGCAUGUGCCUGGUCCAUGGAGCAGCAUUAGUAGCAGAACAGCUGCGGGCUGGUGGCCGUGGGGCAGCACUGCUGGAGAAGGUCACCCACAAUGCGCUGGACGAGAGCUGCCCCGACCUGCAGCUGCCCCACCACCACCUCACCUGCCAGGAGCUGCAGGCGUUGUUAGAGCACGCUGCCAGCGAAUUAAUGGCUGCCGGCAUGUACGAAACUGUCAAUGAAGUGUACAAAGUGCUGAUCCCCAUCGCAGAGGAGAAUAGAGACUAUAAGAAACUCGCUAAUAUACACAGCAAGCUGAGCGAAGCGUUCAGCCGUAUAGAACAGUUACACGGCAAGCGCGUGUUCGGCUCGUACUUCCGCGUGUCGUUCUACGGCGCGCGCUUCGGCGACCUCAGCGGGGAGGAGUUCGUGUACAAGGAGCAUGCGCUCACCAAGCUGCCGGAGAUAUUCAGCCGGCUUGAGAACUUCUACGGCCAGCGUUUCGGUCCAGAGAACGUGGUGAUCAUCAAGGACUCCAACAUGGUGGACCCCAGUACACUGGCCGCGGACAAGGCGUACAUACAGAUCACGUACGUCGAGCCGUACUUCGAGCCGCACGAGCUGCGUACACGCGUCACGCAUUAUGAGCGGAAUUUUAAUAUUAAGCGUUUCAUGUACGCAACGCCAUUCACGGCAGACGGUCGGGCGCACGGUGCGCUCGGGGAACAGUGCAAACGCAAGACCAUACUUACUACUGCACACCACUUCCCUUAUCUUAAGACGAGGAUACAGGUUGUUCACAGGACACAAAUAAUCUUGUCUCCUAUCGAAGUUGCUAUUGAAGAUAUACAGAAAAAGAUAAGUGAAUUAUCAGCUGCGACAAGUCAAGAGCCAGCGGACGCCAAAAUGUUGCAAAUGGUGGUACAGGGCUGUAUUGGAACCACUGUCAAUCAGGGGCCGCUCGAAUUAGCGCAGGUAUUCCUGGCUCCGGUGGCGGAAGGCACUCAGCCACCAACGAGACUCACAAACAAAUUGAGGCUAGCCUUCAAGGACUUCUCGAAAAAGUGCCAAGACGCUCUGAAGAAGAACAAAAACCUCAUAUCGAGUGAACAGCGCGAGUACCAGCGUGAACUGGAACGCAACCUGCAGCGCUUCACCGCGCGCCUCGAGCCGCUCGUCGCGCACCGCCCGCUCGCCUCGCACGUGGCGCACCUCGCGAAUGGAGUCAACAAUCGGACUUAUCAAGCUUGAGUGGAUGCACAAUUUGAAGAUCAAAGAAAAUGCGAGGAAUCAACUGACUGAAAUCGACUGGGGUUGAAGUGCUAUUAAUUUUACUUGACGUGAUUAGACUUAACAGAAAAUUAAUUCAGUGCAAAUAUUUUUUCAUGUGAUUUUAAUAAAAUGUGUAUUAGUUAUGUUUUUUUUAUCGUAUGCCAGUGAAUCGAAAUCUUUGAUAGAAUAAUUCUUUAAGUAGAUUGAUAAAAUAUUAUUAUUUGUUUGAAGGUUUGUUCAAAAACACAUCGAUUCAAUAUUGAAUUCAUAAUUUAUUUACAUAAUUUGCACACCAAGGUGCAGCCCUGUUGCAGAGCUUGACCGACCAUCAGUGCGUACGUCAGUCGCGCUUGUCAUAUGUAUGACAAUACGUGUGCGUAUGGUCGGUCUAGCUAUGAACGGUUUUAUGA